UCGUUAUUUGUGUAAUACAUGGUUUGUACCACAAGAUGGAAGUGUGACCAAUAACAAAUCCCUAUGUGGGUUUUUUCAUCAAUAACACAGAGCCAAAAAAAACCCAUUACGACAGUCGUAGUUACAGUUUUUCUCAGUCGCUUUGGUACAUUUCUCGAAUCAUCCUCGACAUUUGCAAAACAGUAAGUGAAUUUCUCAAAACAAUUCGUACAAAUAGCAAAACACCAUGGAUUACCUGCAAAAGCCAGUCUCUUGCUCAAAAUCCUUAGUUCAUCUCUCAAAAGUAAAUAUCUGUGUCAAUGAACAUGUCACUGCCAUCAGAUGAAAAGUCCUUGUGUUAUUGUGUACGGAUAAGACAGUCAAAUUGCUUAGUCGUGUUGUCAAUAUAACAGUGUACUCUGGAGGGAUGUUCUGAUGUAAACUAUGGCUAAAGUUUUGAUGACACUUAUUGUAAAUUGUAAGUUACACCUUAGUGUAUUGAUUGCAAGAGACUGGACAAGAUUCACAUUUAUGCUUUUACUGUUUGUCCUGUAAUUUGUUGACAGACCAUGUCAUUGUGAUACAGAAAGGCCUCUUCUGCCUCUUCCUCUGUUUUGCCUCCCAACUCCUCCGACACGCAGCCUCACUCCUCUUCCUCUUCUUCUUCUCUCUGGCUGUUGACCCUGUUCAAUUACUUGUCCUUCCAUUGUCAGACAUUGUAACAUUGUGCUGUGCUCCGACUAUAUAUAUAUAUAUAUAUAUAUAUAUAUAUAUAUAUACUUGCCAGUUGGUUCAUGAGAUGCACCUUUGAGAAUUUCAGAAAACUGGUUGAUCAUUUGUUGAUCAAAUGCUUCACACAUUUCCCUUCGUUAGAGAAAGUCAAGAUUCACCUGGGAGCAAUUUACCAAUUCAGGACAGAUUUAGAAAAAUAAGUCAAAUGGAAAUGUAUAGAGAUAUGUUUGACAUAUUAUGACAACUUGUUCAACCAUUUUGCAUGUAAAGACUUAUGCGAUGAACUAAUGCCUAAAUGUUGUGGGGGGUGAGACUAUUCACAGAGACCCAUUAUAAUACAUUUUGAUCAACAUGACAUAAGCAAUUGAUAAUGUAAGAAACAGCAGAGAAUUGAACAUAAUCAUUUGCAUGAUGAACCAAAGCAUUUGCAACUUGUUCAAAGAAAUGAAAAACUGCUUUUUUGAUGUGCACAAGUGACACAAUGAUGUGAAGAUUGAACAAGUAGUUUUGAGAAUUUCAAUUCUGAUCUGAGAAAUGUACCAAAGCGACAGAGAAAAACUGUAAAAUGUGUGAAGUCAUGUGUUGCAAAGUCUCCUUUGAGUGAAAACAACACUAGACAACUACAACACACACCACAUGUCACAGGAUUCACAAAUAAAUAUAAGAUAUGUCAUGUGCUUUAUACUAAUAAAGAAAAGCUCACACAAAGAACAAUUGAGUUUUCCAGUGAACUAUAUUAAAAAAAAUCCAAGGGUUAAUCAAUUAUCAAAUAUAUCCACUGAUGGAUAAUUAAUCAACAUUUAAGUGACAUUUACAGUCAGUGGAUUAUUCUCCUGGGAACCAGCUGCAGUUUGCUCUGAAUGAUAUGGGCAGUACUAAGAAUCUCACCUGUGUGCUAAUUGUUCGAGUCAGUGAAUAACAAGAGGGUGUGUACCAUCCUCUGAGGCAGAAAUGCACCAUUAUAACAGUGUACUGGUUCCAUAUGAGCCCCACAGCUGCCUCCUGACUCCCUCCUGCAGCUCAGCCCCUCUGAAGAAAGCAGCUAUGAAAACACCACUGUUUGCAUCUGGAUAGAGAUCUUCUCUUCCAAGUUAUGGUUUUCAUAAUCAUAAUUAAGUUUGGCAUAAAACAUCGCAGCUCCAAGGUAUGACUGUCCUCAUAAAUGUCAUUGAUUCAAAAUUAUGUAGCCAGCGUUUUCUGGGUCAGCUCAGCAGGUGAUGGACUGAAGGGAGGAGAACUGUGAAGUUGCUGUAAUAGCCCAAAGGAAGAGAUUUCUUAAGGACCAUAUGGCACUUUGAUGAUAGUGCAGAGUGCAAGUUGUCACGAACAACAUGAUAUACUGUAUGUGUCCAUACUUCUUACAAAUCUCUCUCUAUAUCUUUACCCAAGUGAGAUUGCAGGCUGGUGCAAUAUCUACAAGAAUGCACAUUGUGAAUAUCAGCAAAAUGGGGCAAUCAAGACCAAUUCAGUUGAAACAAAGAAUUGUUUCAACUACAUGCCCUGUUAAAUCUUAUUAACUCAUCUUAAUUCAUCCAUAUAAUUCAAGCAACCAUAUGGGAAAAUAAAAUCUCUAAGCCCUUAAGGGUUUAUCAAAAGCUUCCCUCCAAAACCAACAAACUAGAAUGUGACAGACAUUAUUAAAUGUCGCAUGUGCCUUUAAGAGCACUAUGUCCCACUCUACAUGUCUCUCUCUGAGCCUCAUAUGUGUUUGUUGGCAUCAGCUGUCCUCAGUGCUGAAUAGAGCAAGGACAUCUUUUCCUUCACGUCAAUGGGAUUAGAGGAAGAAAUGCCCUCUUCAUUCUGUUGGCUGUCAUCUCAGUGCUCCGAAGACAAAAUGGAAAUGCAGCAUGGACAGAAGACAGAGAGAAGAUCAAGAUAAUGCAAGUGCAAUUAUAAAGCAAAUAAUCCAAGGCUGCAGGCUCAGAAACAGCAUCCUGCACUGUUAUUUUGUUGCUUUCUAAGCAAAGACUGAACCCAGAGGUCAGAUGAGGAGUUCAAAUGCUGCAUGCAGCACUGUAAUGGAACCACAGUCUGCUUCAUUCAACCCUUCUGUCCCGUCUUCAUCGUUGUCUUCAAAACUUGGCCAGAGCAACUUCAGGAGAAUCAGCCGCACAGAGGACAGCAGUCCUUAUCCCAUCCCCGGCCUAGCAGCAGACAUUCUGCACAUGCGAGUGAGAGAAGGAAGCAAGAUCCGCAAUUUACUGCGGUUUGUGACAGCUCGCAUGCAAGAGGACAGAAGAGACGACAACGGGACCUCACUGAGGCAGGUGGUCUUCACUGGUUCAGGUAGGGGAGUCACCAAGACCAUCACCUGUGUGGAGAUCCUGAAACGCAAAGUGGGAGGGCUGCAUCAGGUGUCCAAACUCUACUACAAGACAGUGAAUGAGGUUUGGGAGAGUCCACAACAGGGAGCAGCAGGAACAACUAUGCAGAGGACAGUCCCUGCCAUCUGUAUCCUGCUCUCCAAAGAUCCUCUGGAUCCCCAGGAGCCUGGAUACCAACCUCCACAAUCCCCCAGUGUUCCCGCAGAGGAGACAGAGAGACGUAGAGCUCUGCUCAGGCCGGCUCUCAGCCCCUCUCCACAGCACACAGCCAAGAGACUCUGUCUGGAUGAGUGGAGUGUAUGUUCUCCCUGAACAUCCACAAUUGUGAAAUAUCUGAAAAAUUUCAUUUAUUAGGCUAGAGCAGAGGAUUUUUUUAGCAGCAUCAUGUUUGCCUAAAAAUAAGAAAUACCUCUGAAUUUAAACUUGUAUAUUCUGAUGUUUCUGUUGGUUACUCCAAUGGCAAAAAACGAAAUACAUUCUCUCAAUUCAUAAUCCAUAAUAUUGCAUCAGUAUGCAGCUUCACUGAGAAUUUAAAAAGGUCACGACACUCUGGAUGAUUUUUAGCAAUACAUGUGCAUGUUGAAUUUUAAAUCUGUCUUUUGCAACAUUUUGUACAUUUUGUUAUGAAAAGUAACAUAUGUGAUGAAAUUACAAUUAGCAGCAUUGUAAAUAGUUAUAUAUUAGAAAUAUCUGAUCUUACUCUGAUGCAAAAUGUCAACAAAGUUGGUCAAAGUCAUUGUAAAUACAAAUAUCAAGGUUUGCAUCUAUGGUCUUUAUUAUGCUUUCUAAUUUUGGAAGUAAUUCAUCUACAUAAUAAGGGAUCACAAGACAAAAAUCUUUUUAUUAAUGGUUGACUUUCAUAUACUUAUGGAUAUGUCAUCACUGGAAUAAAUAAACUAGCUAGGAAAUAAAUCUCAGCUUAUGUUUUAGACUGUGCUGGAAAGUGUAUAUGCAGCUUUUAUUUGAAUAAAAAUACAAAUACACUAAAAGCAGUUCAAACCUCUAAACCUGGAUUUUUAUAAAGCCAAAUCUAUUUAUCUGCGCACAUCAUCUUAAAACUGCCAGUGCUCAAUUAAUUUUGAUCCAAGUCAGUUAGUGCUCUGUGUUAGGGAAAACAUAGUAUUCAACAGCACAAGCAUGGGACUGUUGAACUUUCAUUCUCAUCCUGAGAAAAUAUAACUUACAGGCAAAACCCAACCCAAAAAUCUGAUAUUGCUGAAGGAACUAGUGUGUUGUACUUAUCAGUGGGGUCAUAGGCAAGGGAAGGAAAUGCUCUAUUUGUGCAGCACAUUUUCAUACACACGGUAAUUGAAAGUAAUGUCACAAUGACAUUAACUGUGCUAUAUACCAUUUUGACAUGGCGUUUUCUAGCAGAUGUGUUGUAUUUUUUAAAUUCUGCUGAGUUGUUAUAGCAUCCCACUAAAAUAUAUACUAUGAUUACGGAA